AUGACCACAAAACUUGACUUCAAAGCAGAAUUCCAAGGAGAGCCACUGGAUCACGAAACUCUCAUCAAGAAGCCCUGGAUUUCGCCGAGCGGAGAAAAGUUCCCACUAAAGCUUCGACUUAUCCUGAAAAGAAAAAGCGCUGUUGAACAGAUCAAAAUCGUUGCUCAUAAUGAACUCACUCCACAAGAAGUGGUCAUAUCUACUGCAGAAAACGAACCUAAUGGUGCCGAAAAAGUUUUAGGCACAUUGCGUUUCAACGCAGAUUCUAAUGGUAAAUAUGAACUUAAGACGAUUUACCUGGAUGUCACUUGUACGUCCAUCAUUCUUUCCAUACAAAAAGGGUUCGAAAGAGAUGUCGGCAAAAGUGGGCAGGUUGGACUUGCGGAAGUGCAAGUCCUCGGCCGAUACGAAAUGAAUAUGGAGCAACCGGAGGUGCUUUCUCCAGUUGGUGAUCAGAAGAUUACACUAGAAGAUGGACGAUUUACAGCCGAGAUUGACGAACUUUUGCAAAGAGUGGAGAAGAACAAGCAGAGGAGUGCCCAGAGCGAAAAUUUUGGGUUAGCGACAACAGCCCAACUGCGAUCGCAAUUGUUGACAAAAGCUCGAGGUGAAAUGGAACAGCUUGAACGUGAUCAGCGUAGUGCGAUAAGUGAGGAAGACUUCCAUCGAGCUCUGGAUCUUCAACAAGAGAUGAAAAUUCUGCGAGGAAAUGUCUUAGCGGCA